AUGCAUUUCUGGAUAGAUAAACGUAGUCAGUGCGCCUACAGCGGUCGCCAUCGAGUGCCGUCCUCCCUAUCUGCUGGCGUGGGGCGGACCCGCGGUCGUAAGGGCAUGGCGGUACCUGUCCACCGGUUUGCAGCUGUUGACUGUCCCCCGCGACGACCUCAUCGGCCUGUUAGGCAUUAUGUACCUCAAUCAAUACCAGCAGUUCACUCAAGUCGAAGGCAAAAUGAGGAACCCAGUCUCUAUGUUGAAAUCCCACCUGAACCUCCUCAGCCCACAAUCGCCAGUUUGGCAGCGGCGAGAAGCGUAACGCCUGACACAUUAUUGCGCACUGCAGCAUUGGGGCUCAACCAUUCACCCAUGAUGGCCCCACAUCUUAAGUUUGGAAUGCUUGUAUCAUUCGCCCUUGCAACUGUAUUUUUGGCAGGUGCCAAAUAUUAUUUUGAUAGACAGGUGGUGCGCACGGGCAUGAGCCGCGAGGCAGGCGUGGUGUGCGCGGCCGUGGCGUGCGUGUGCGGCGUGAGCUGCGCGCUGUCGCUGUGCCGCGCGCGCGCGCCGCCGCACCCCGCCACCCCGCACCGUGUGUCCUCCCCCGCGCAGCGCCACGCGCACCAGGUCAGUACACCGCAUCAGUUCAGAGCACCGCACCAGGUGAGUGCACUACAGCGUACCGCGUGUCGUCCACCGUGCAGCGCCACGCGCACCAGGUCAGUGCACCGCAUCCGGUCAGUGCACUGCACCAGGUCAGUGUACCGCAUCCGGUCAGUGCACUGCACCAGGUCAGUGCACUACAGCGCACCGCGUGUCCUCCACCGCGCCGCGCCAUAUGCACCAGCUCAGUGCACCUUGCCAGGUCAGUGCACCGCACCCGGUCAGUGCACUACAGUGCACCGCAUGUCCUCCACCGCACAGUGCCACGCUCACCAGGUCAGUGCACCACAGUGCACAGCAUGUUCUCCACCACGCAGCGUCACUCGCACCAGGUCAGUGCACUUCGCCAGGUUAGUGCACCGUACCCGGUCAGUGCACUACACCGCAUCAGGUCAGUGCACUAUAGCGCACCACGGGUCCUCCGCCGAGCAGUGUCAUGCGCGCCAGUUCAGUGUACCGCGUCAGCCCCUCCACUGCGCAGCCCCACGCGCACCAAGUCAAAUCAAGUCAAUCGCGUUAGGUCAAUGCACCGCACCAGUUCAGUGCACUACUUCACACCAGGUAAUUGCACCGCACCAGGUCAGUGCACCGCACUAUGUCAGUGCACCACACCAGGUCAGUGCACCGCACCAGGUCAGUGCACCGCAGCAGGUCAGUGCACCGCAGCAGGUCAGUGCACCGCAGCAGAUGUCUGAGGCAGCAGACGAGCUACCAGCACUUCUGCCAGUAUUAGAACGAUCAGAACGGCGUACGGAACGAUUAACCACGGAAACGGUGGAAAGUGGGUUGGAGCGAGAAGUGAAUAGAAGGGAGCGAGGGGCGGAGGGGGGAAGCAGCGAAGGUCCGCCCCCGCCCUAUCACAUCGCGGUGCUGCUGCCCAGUCGCGCCGCCGCCCCUCCGCCCGCCUACAGUGCGAUUAGCUAG